AUGAGUCAAUCUCAAAUAACCAAUCCAAAUUCUUAUACUUUGAGGGACGUACUUUUGUUAUCUCAACUUCUACAUAUAAAUCAUAUAUCAAAUUUAGACAAGUUAGAAAAGAUUGAUAAUGCCUUAUUAGUUAGCAUAUUAAGUACUUGGAAAACUCAUAUAUCAACUAAACUCGACCACAGUAAUAUCAAAAUUAAUACUUUAAAUCAAUUGAUAGAUCUUUACAAGAAAUUAUUGGCAAAGUAUAAUGUUGAAAAUACGGAAAGUCUUGCUAAUGAAGUUUAUUUUACUAGGAUUGAUGAAUUGGAAGAUACGAUAGCAAAGAAGAAAAUUGAGUUCAGAAAUACAUUGGAAGAAGAAUGA